AUGACUGAUGCAGAAAACGGAAAUUUAGAAGACUGGAGUGUUGAAUGCUCUGAUGAUGAAAAAUAUGAGAUAAAAUCCAAAUGGGCCACCAUUGGGGAUAUGUUAGUACCACCAGCCGAAGAUAUUGCUAGUCUUCAUGAAGUUUUAUGUAUUGAUAGAUUGAUAGCUCUUGAAUGGCAAUGUUUUGGAAGAAGACCUCCUACUCCAGAACCCGGUCUUGUUGUUCCUCAAGAAAUUAAAACAAAACAGAGUGAUGAUUUUUUUGAUUUCGAUAUGGAUGACAUGCCAUCAAAUCAACCAAAAUUACCUGUUAGAAGAAGAGAAGGUGAACUAAAAGGUGGAGCUAGAAAAAAAACAACAAGCUUUGAUGGAAUCAUUUCAAACAUGAAACGACAUUGGAAAUUAGACAAUGAAUCUCAAUCUUAA